UUUUAGAAGAAGAAAAAAAAAAGGUGUAACACAUCCUCCAUUUCCCCAAAUCCACUUUUCAAAAUUGAAAAACAGUAAUGCGCUCGAAAAGCUAGGGUUUAUGUUGUUGCAGACAAUUUGGGGAUUUUAUCUAGUUGAAAUUAAGAGCUUAAUCAAUGGCGGAUUCAUCAGAGGGUGAGGAAGAAGGGAAACUAACAGGAGGAAGCCAGCAGUUAGUUGUGGAUGAUGAUCUCCGGGAGAUGGGUAAAAAAGCAGCUUGGAGUGUCAGCUCUUAUAAACCUGGCAAUGGAGUUCUUUCACUUCGCGAUGAUAACCUUGAAACCUAUUGGCAAUCAGAUGGUGCACAGCCUCAUCUUGUUAAUGUUCAAUUUCAGAAAAAAGUUAAGCUUCAAUUAGUCGUCCUGUAUGUUGAUUUCAAGCUUGACGAAAGCUAUACACCUGGUAAGAUCUCUAUCCGAGCAGGCGAUGGCUUUCACAACUUGAAGGAGAUAAAAGCAGUGGAACUUGUGAAGCCAACUGGAUGGAUGCAUAUAUCUUUAUCUGGUAAUGAUCCGCGUGAAACUUUUGUCAACACUUUCAUGCUGCAAAUAGGUGUGCUCUCGAAUCAUCUUAAUGGAAGGGACACUCAUAUCCGCCAGAUAAAAGUCUAUGGGCCAAGACCGAACCCUAUCCCUCUUCAGCCAUUUCAGUUCACUUCUACAGAGUUUAUUACUUAUUCUGCUGUGAGAUGAAGCUCAAGGGACUAUCCCAAGAGGAAAGAUGCCAACCAUAUUUAUCGAUAUCAAAAUGCCACAAUUUUGCCAUGAAAGUUAAAGAAUGAUCUUGCUACGUAGCUUUAGAACUACGAAUCCCUUUUGAAGUGUUAUCAAGUACUAGCAUUUUGAGAAAUUGUAUGAUGAUCUUAUGUUGUGUAGCAAUGUUGCCAAACUGACUUUGGCAACCAUACAGAUUAUACCCCCAAGAAGUAACUUUAUACAAGUCAAGGUCUGAAAUCUGUCAUUUACAUAUA